GAAAGCGGUGUGUUUGAUAAUCAGCGGAGCAUAGGCCAGUGAUGGAGUUUUAUAAAAAUGGCAGUUAGAUCAGAACUUAGUGAGCAGAAGCUGGGAUACAUAAGAGAGUUCGUCAACAACAGAGACCCAAAAGAAGAAUAUAAGCUUAUUCAAAGCAUUGGAACUGGGACUUAUGGCGAAGUUUACAAGGCAAUUCGACUACGAACAAAGGAAUUUGCUGCGGUGAAGAUAAUUAAAGUUGAUGCAAAGGAUGAUGUACGUGCCAUACUUCAGGAAAUACAGACCUUGCGAGAGUGUCGACAUUGUAACAUUGUACAAUUCUUUGGGAGUUAUUUUAGAAAUAAUAAACUUUGGAUAUGUAUGGAGUUUUGUGGCGGUUUCUCGAUGCAGGAUAUUUACACACAUAUUCAGCGGCCAAUCGAAGAAAAUUGUAUUGCUUUUGUAUCCCGUGAAACCUUGCGUGGAAUAGAAUAUAUGCACAAAGCUGGAAAAAUACACCGUGAUAUUAAGGGUGCAAAUAUAUUACUAACGAAUGAUGGUGACGUCAAAAUCGCUGAUUUCGGUGUUGCAGCACAAAUAACUCAAACAAUUCAACGUCGGAAUUCAUUUAUUGGUACACCAUACUGGAUGGCGCCUGAAGUUGCUGCUGUUGAACGUAAAGGUGGUUAUGAUGAGAAAUGUGAUGUAUGGGCAUUAGGGAUAACUGCUAUUGAAUAUGCUGAACUCCAACCUCCAUUGUUUGAUCUACACCCAAUGAGAGCAUUACGUAUUCUUGGCAUGCGUAGUUACAAGCCUCCAGUACUACGGAAUAAAUCUUUAUGGUCUCAAAAAUUUCAUAAUUUCCUCAAGGCGGCGCUAACAAAAAGUGAAAAAAAGCGACCAACAGCUCAAGCUUUAUUACGACACGAGUUUGUUACUCAACCACAUUUAACUAGACUAUUAACUUUAAAGUUACUGGAGGCGAAUCGUAAUCCAGAGAGCAACAACAACAAUAGUAGGGGUGGGGUAGCGUUACCUGGUGGCAAUGACACUUCGAAUAAUCAACCUACACAACAACCGAAACAACAGGAAUAUUCUGCUUUGUUAUCUGGACGACCAGAUUAUCCUAUGGUGACAGUAAAUAAACUACCAGCACAAACGCCAACAGAAGAACAUAAAGAUCGCACACUUGUGCAAUCACGAAACGCAUUUCCAAUCAAAUUAGAUCAGUCUGCAGGUAACAAUAACAAUUACAAUAAUAAUAAAAAUAAUGAUUUAAAACGUCAUAUAUCUCCAACAUCAUCUAGUCGACCAGAACCACCGACAAAAAUGCAUACACCUUGGCAGUCACAAUAUAAACCUUCAGUAUUAACUACUAGUACUACUACUACUACUACUACUACUACUACUACUACUACUACUACUACUGAAACUACUGUACAGAAAUCAACAACAUCCUCCUCGUCAUCAUCAUCGUAUUGUAUAGCACCAAUGGAACGAAUUCAAUCGGCUAGACCUCAACAAUUUUUAAUUGAACAUUCUGUUGUAACCACUACCAGCAGCAAUGGUAAUGAUGAUGCAGGCGGUGUUGUUGUCAGUGGUAAAAAUGGUCAUCAUCACUACCACCACCAUCCGUCUACCUCAAAAUCAAUUCUUGAAGAAAUACGUAUUAUGGAUGAACUGCCAACGCCGUUUCCUGCUUAUGUUGCUUCAGCACCGACUGCUACACCUGCACUGAAACCUCCCGGUUUAAAUUAUCUCAAUCUAAAUCUAAAUAAUCAUAAUAACAGUAAUGGUAGUAUUUCGUCAUCUAUGCUACCGAAGAAAAGCAUUGAAACUGUGAUUCAACAAGCUCAUGUCCCGUCAGCAUCCUCUGUGUCAAAUGAUGCAAUCAUCUCUUCUUCACAUUCAAGACAUCGACACUAUUCAUCGAAUAAUUCAUCAAGUUUUUCAUCUGCUUCAACAUCACCACGCAGUUCAUGUUCAUCGAGUCAGCUGAAUCUGCUGGAUCCUGUAUCAACUACUGAUCCAACGUCAGAAAGUCAUCAAACUACAGUAUUAUCUAAUAAUACUAAUCCAUCAUCAUCAUCAUUAUCAUUAUCACCUCGUUCAUCAGGAUCAGUAUUAUCCUCUACAUCUCCGUCGUCAGCAUCGGCGUCAUCAACAUCAGCGUCGUCAUCAACAGCAACAACAUCUUCAUCAGCCUCAUCAUCAUCUGCGUCUACGCGUUCGUCGGUUAGUCCAUCAACUGCAAAUAUCCCAUGUAAUGCUGAUGAUGACGAAGUAUUUGUUGAACUAAGGAUAAAGAAGAAGGCAUUAGUAUCACCGCCAAUAUCACCAUGUGUCAAUGAGCCUUCACAAACACAAAGUCAAGAUGAUGAUAAAGAUUCUAAUCAUGAUGAUAAUAACCACUCUGAUUGUUUAGCAAUUACUGAGCCUACAAUAAUUCAAGAUCCAUUAGAGGCACAAUUUCUACCAAUUGAUUCUGAGUCACAUAUUCUAGGAAGUCAUUUAAUCCAAGUGAGUCAUCUGAAUAUCAGUUCACAGAAUGUGAAUCAAUCUAUCCACCAGUUGAAUACCACAAGUAGCAGUGAUGGUGAUGCUCUGACUACUGAUAAUACCUCAAGUAGUAUUAUGCCUAACUCUUCUAAUGGUGUUGAUGAUAUCUCUAAGCAGAGCAGAAACAUGAACGAUAGAAUUCAAUCGGUGGAGGCAGAGAAAUCUUUACAUGAUCAACAACAACAGCCUACUGAAACCGAGGAUGAUGAUGAUGAUGACGGUGAUGUUGACGAUUUGAAUGACAUCGUUCAUUAUCAGUCAGAACGUCUAUCCCCAGUAUCAUUUGAUCGUGGUACAGUGACUACAAUCGAUUCACAUCUUUCUAGUAUUAUGGCACAAGAUGAAUAUGAGAAUCAACGGGAAAAUAGUAUUAUGAUUACUAAUCAUAAUCAUAGUAGUAGUAGUAAUAAUAAUACAACUACUAAUACGGAUAGAGAUUCAAGUUGUUACUCUAAACACACUGGUGAUGAUGUUGGCUCUGGCGAGUUCUCUAAAUCUCCACCACACGCUUGUCUUGAUAUACCAAGUGAUAAUCCCGAAGAAUGGGAUUUAGAUGUAGCCGAUCGUGAACUGUUGGCUGCCGAUGGUCUCCUCUAUUUGGAUCGUAGUCAUCCGGAAUCUCUUAGUGAUCGUAUCAGUGAAUUCGGUUUUCGUAUUCAUGGUUCAUCUGAAGGUGAAGAGGAUUUAGAAGAUGAAGAAGAUGAUCUAGAAGAUGGUGGAAUUCGAGAUGAGAUAGUUAUACCGAAUGAUGUAUCUGAUAUCGCCAUGAAUAUAUAUGGAUUGUCAUCGAAGAAUGGAGCGACAGGAGGAAGAGGAGGAGGCGGCGGCGGCGAGUGUAUGACAUCGCCAACAUCAAACCAUCAUAAUACAAUGAUGACGACAAUAACAACAACAACAACAGUGGCAGCAGCAGCAUCAGUCGAAAAUCAUCAAAACAAACAUUUAGUUAACGGUGGAGGAUUACAGAAUCAAACAGGACAAGAUUCAAUGAAUUGUACUCAAGAUACUAAGAAACAGAAUAUUUCACAUUCACCUUUAACCGUUAAUACUACUACUGAUAAUAAUACUAAUAACAAUAAUAGUAGUAAAUUGAUUAGUCAAAAAGAAUUAGAUUUAAAUGAAAUUAUCAAUUGUACUGGGCAAGAAUUUUAUCCAGAGAAAUCAGGAGAAGAAUUAAUGUCAUUAUUGAGACAAUUGAAAUUUGCGCAAAAAUUUGCAUGGUUAUCAGGAGCGUCUGUAUUACCAACAACAUUGGCUGCACUGACUGGUGGUAGUCAACCGACUAAACUGAACGGCGAUGGUAAUCACGAUACUGGUGGAACAGUUAUGAGAAGGAUGCAGCCUGAUGCUGAUGAUGAGAAACAAAAUACCGCAACUCCUGAUCUGUCUAAAAAUGGUGAUGUUGACGUAGUGAAACCAGUUGAAGUCGUUAAUCAUUCUACUGAUGAUGUUGUCAAUGGACAGUCAAUUAAAGCGGUUGACUGUACACGAAAUAAGCAUGUUAAUAAUGAAAUUACAUUACACAAUGGAAAUAACAAUAAUAAUAAUUUGAUUAUAAAUGGACAAAAUGGAUUACAAAGUUUACAUGUUAAUGGAAAUAAAGAUGUUGAUGAAAUUGUUGAACAACAUAUAAAGAAUGGAAGGCCAGUCAGGCCAGGUCCAACGGAAGAAGAGGAUGUAGGAGAAGAAGCUACUACUGUUAAUGGACAUAUUGAAUCACCUACAUUCAAUGAGGCGAAAAGAAAAGAAAUUGAUAAGUUGAAUCUUUCUGUACAGCAUAUUUCAUCUUUACCGUCAACAAUAACUCCUCCAUCACCGAUAGAAGUAGUCAACAAAUGUGCAACGAUUACAUCAACGACAACAAUAAUGACAACACCAACAACUCCCACUGCCACUACACCACAACCAACUACUACUACUUCUAAUACUACUGAAAUAGAUACUAGUAGUAAUAAUAAUAUUGCAAAUUCACCUGGAAUUGCAAAUAGUACCACUAAUAUGAUGAUUGUAACUACCUCAUCUAGUAAUCAAAUCACUGCUACUACUACUACUACUACUACAUUGACACUUAUGUCAGCGGAUGAUAUUCAUCCAAUCGAUGAUGCAAUCGAUAUCGACGGGAUAGAUAAUAAUGUACAAUAUGAUUAUUUAUUGAAACAAAAGAAAACGCAUACAACUGGAUCAUUACAAUAUAUUCCACAGGAGGAGAAGAAGACGAAAAAGCAAAAGAUGAUGGUGAUGAAGAAAAAGAGGAUCGACGUUUAUUCAAUCGCAUCAUCGUCAUUAUCCUCUCGAGUAUCACCAUUGACUAUUACUGAAUCAUCAUUGAAGACAGAUUUCCAGGAUGGUAUGGCAGUCACACCUACUUCGGCGCCAUCAUCGUCUUCGUCUACUGUUGCUCCAUCAUUAUUGAAAGCUGGAGUCGAACCGAUGGUGAAUGAUAAUGAUAAAAACAAUAGAAGAAGUACCGCGUCUGUUUUAUCGUUAACUUCUCCUUCGCCUUCUUCUUCUCUUCAACAACCAUCGUCAAGUUUACAAUCGUCAAUAAAAAUGACUUCUACCAUAGAAUUGAAUGCUACUGAUUCACAAAACCAAUCGGUACAAGAUUCAUCGAUUGUUCCGUCUGUCAAACUGCGUAGACGGACAACAACAGCACCGACGACUGCUGAUUCCACUGCUGCUGCUGCUGCUGCUGCUUCAGCAACUACGAAUACAGAUGAUAAUCACAAAGCUUUGUCUAUCGUUCCAACUUCUACUGUUACAACAUCGACAAUAGCUCAUUCGCCUGUUUCUAUUGUUAAUACAAAUGAUAUAAAAAAAUCACGUGCUUCUAUGAUUGAAUUGAUUAAUUGUCAAAGUAAUGAUGUUUUACGUCAGGUGACAUCAAGUCCAGGUUUGUCAUUGUCUCCAUUAUCAUCACCGCCGACUCAACUCGUCCAACCACCUCCACCGUCACAACCAUCACAAGGACAUAAGAUGGGUGCAUGUUUCUCCUUGGUCUUUGAAGGUUGUCCGUUAAAGAUCAAUUCAACUGCUACAUGGACUAAUCCAGCUAAUAAUGGUCAAGUGAUUCUAUUUGGAACAAAUGAUGGUAUUUAUUGUUUGAAUUUAAAGGGAUUAGCAGAAAACUCUCUUGAAUUGUUAUUUCCACGUCGAUGUUUAUGGUUAUCUGUGACACGGGAUACUAUGAUGUCAUUAUCUGGACGUCAUCCACAGCUAUAUGCUCACAAUCUUGUCUCACUAAUGAAAUUAAAAUCACAAGGUCAUCCUAUGUUUGGUGGUGGUAGUGGUGCCGGGAGUACAGUGGCUGGGGGUGGUAGUGUUGUUGGAACUCCUUCAAAAUUUGGGAAAUUCGUCAAACUUUUCCCUAAACGUUUUUCACCAUCAAAAAAGAUGCCAGAUACAAAAGGUUGUCGAUGUGCUAAAGUCACACGGAAUCCAUUCAAUGGUGCAAAAUAUUUAUGUGCAGCUAUGACUAAUGAAAUUCUAAUCAUGGAAUGGUUUAAUCCAAUUUCAUCAUUUAUUGAAAUUAAACGGAUACUUAUACCAGAUAUGCCUUCACCUUUGCUAAAUUUUGAUUUAUUAAUUGUGAAGAAUCUGCCUUUACCAUUUGUUUGCCUUGGCGUUUAUCGACAUCAUUCACGAAAAGGUCGAGAGGGUCAACGUUUCCGUUUACAUCUAAUUGAUUUGAACAGUUCUGGACCAUCGCCAUCACCAUCAACUCCAGUCCCAGCGCCAACUCCAGCUGUAACACCUUCACAUCCUCCUACUUCACUAAUUACACAACAGACUUCAUCAGCAGCAGUAGCAGGAGUAGCAGCAAUAAGAACAUCUCCGCAUUCUGUACCACAAUCACCAGCUAUUCGUACCACACCGCCAACAACAACAACAACAACGGGUGAUUCAUCUUUACCCAAUCAAUCAGUAGUAGUACAGCCUAGUGGGGGGAAUAAUGAAUCUGUUCAGUUGAACAACAACCAUGCAAGUAGUAGUUCUGCGAUAAUGAGUAAAACACAACAAUUGAAAGCUGAAUUACAACGAAGAAACACUCAAUUUUUGCCUGAAGAUAUUUUACCGGUUGUGGAAACUGUACAAUUAGAACAUAACACAAUAUUAAUCUGCUUUCAAGAUUGUGCUAAAGUUGUCAGUUUGAAUGGUCAGAUAAAAUCAAGUCGUCAUAGGGCUACAACAUUGGACUUCAAUGGAAUUACAGUUGAAUCUAUUGUAUGCCUUCGUGACAGUAUUCUUGUAUUUCAUCCUCACGGUUUAUUGGGCAAAAGUUUUACUGGAGAGAUUACAAGUUUAUUAUUAGUUAUUUGA